GCGGCGGCUGCAGCCGGGGCGGCGGACACGUCGAGGGAGCCCAGCCGCCGCGCUUCUUCCCCGCGUUCCCGAGGCCGCGCGAUGCGCUGAGCGCCCCGGGCUCUACCAGACCCAACCGACCGACCGACCGCACGCCCGCACCCGCCGCCGCCCCGGGACCCCGCCCCCGCUCAAGAUGCCCGGCGGCUGCGCGCUCCUGCUCGCCUGGCUGCUCUUCGCCGCGGCCCUUUCGGCCACCCCGGGGCUCGGGUCACCGGUGAAGGAAAAGAGAGGCUGGACCCUGAACAGCGCCGGCUACCUCCUCGGGCCACAUGCCAUUGACAACCACAGAUCGUUUCAGGAGAAGCCCGGCCUCACUGGCAAACGGGAGCUCCCGCCCGAAGACGAAGCAAGGCCAGGAAGCUUUGCCAGGCCGCUGUCCGAGAAUGCCGUUGUGCGCACGAUAAUUGAGUUUCUGACUUUCUUGCGUCUCAAAGAGGCCGGGGCCCUGGGGUUCCUGCCCGACCUCCCGCCCGCAGCCUCCGCAGAAGACUGGAAACAGCCCUGAGGAAGCCCUCGAGAAUGUUCCUCCGCACGAUGUCGCUUACGGCCAAACUCGGACACGACGGAUGGUCUUGUGCCAACUUUCGUGGGGUGGCCAGUCCUGUCUUCUCUGCCCUGAUGCUGUGCCGUGUUAUUGCUGUUAAGAUUUUUGUUUUCCCGUUUGAUAAUUAUUUUGAGUGGCAAAAUAAAAGAUAGCAUCCGCUUUCGAUGGUCAUUUCCGUGUGUCUGUUUUGUCACCC